GAGGGGAGGAGGUUGAUCAGGAUGACGAGGUGAAAAUGGCGGAUCUUUCGAAAUACAAUCCCGGCCCCUGACAUUCCGGGAGAGUCUGCAGAAAUCUCCAAAGCUCUCUGUGCAUCCCUUACAUCGGUGGCCUGGCACCCCCCUACUCCGAUCCCACCACCGCUAGAUUCCCACUGGGCUCACGUCCAUACUGUGUCCCGGCGGGAGACCUGAGCGGGCUAGAUCAGCUGGAUGCAGGGAGCGAUCCCCACCCGGUAUAGUUAAUAGCAUUGUGCGCUGAGGAAGUGCGACAGAACCGCAUCGCAAGCUUUGAGGAGCAUUAGCUAUUGAAGGUCUAGAAUGGAUGCGGUAUCUACAGAACUCAACAAUGUCCUUCCUGAUGAAAUCAUGGAAUCUGAAAUGUCCUUGGCCGAUGAUGAUUGCAUUGAAGCAAUCACGAUAUCCUCUCCUAUGGUUGAUGAUGUUCCAAUGGAAACCGAAAUGGAUGAAAUUGUGGAAAUUAACAGUAGUGGGGAAUGUGUAACUACAUCUUUUCCUAAGGAGGGAAUUACAACAACGAGCAACCACUCAAGUCAUCUUGCGGUGGUGAGUGUUUCUUCCAAGCCUGAUUCUGGACCAUCUGCAGCAGCUAUAAAAACAGUUUAUCAGACUGGUGUGCACAAACGUGGUACACCAAUCUCUGGACAAAUGAUUCUUAAUAAGACUUCUGAGCUUACACCUAGCAGCCAUUUGGUGAAGCAUGAAGGGCAGAAGCUUAUAGUGACAACUCUUGGGAAGGCCAGCCAUCCUUUAUUCUUGACACUUCCUCAAGGUACACAAAAGAAUGCCACUCAUAUCCAGCAUCUGGAUUCUAAAGGCAAUCCGCAGCAGAUCAAAUUGGUCACUAUUGGUGGAACUAGACCUGAGGUGAAACCUGUCAUUGGUGGUAUGUCUUUAAGCUCUGCCCAUCUCAUCGGUUCCUCUGUCAAGUCCGCUGGAUUUGUGGGGCCUGCAUCGCAGACUUUGCAGAUCGCCAAGAAGAAUCCUGCUUCCUCCUCUGGAGCAGUCAUUACCAAGCUGAUCAUUGCAAAGCCGCUGACUAGCAAACCUAUCACUACAGGACAGACUACCCAAGUGUCAUCAAUCUUUUCAGGCAAAGUGCUUUCUCACGCUAACCCUGGAACUCCAAACAGAGCAAUAACAAUUAGCGAGAGCACAGUCAUCGGGACAUCUCUGGCCUCCACAACACAAACAUCCAACAAAAUUGCUAUAUCCCCACUGAAAUCUCCUCCUAGCAAGCUUACAGUGGUUUCUGUUGCUCCUCAGCCUCCCAACUCUCCUCAGAAGGCAGUUGGUGUUCCCAUAACUGUAGCCCUUGGUCAGCAGCUUCUGACUGUACAGCAAUCAACUGCUUCUCCAGCCAAAGCCAUCACUAAUAGUACAGCUACAAAGAGUGUAAAGCCCGGAGUCCAGACGAUAGCUGUUGGAGGAGUGAACCCACCACAGUUCAAAACAAUCAUCCCUCUUGCUGCUGCUCCAAAUGUCCAACAGAUCCAGGUUCCUGGUAGCAAGUUUCACUAUGUCCGGCUUGUUACUGCCUCUACAGCCAACACCUCAACAUCUUCCAGUCAGAACCCCAGCACCAGCACGCAGCCUCUCCAGCAAGCCAAACCCGUACUAGUUAAUGCAACAUCUGUACGGAUGUCUGUUCCCAUUGUCUCGGCACAGACUGUCAAACAAGUGGCCCCAAAACCAUUAAGUUCAUCUUCACAGAUUGUCACAACAAGUCAACCGCAGCAGAGACUGCUAAUGCCAGCUACUCCUCUGGCACAAAUCCAGCCAAACCUCACCAAUCUUCCCCCGGGUACUGUGCUCGCGCCUGCUCCGGGAACAGGAAACGUUGGAUACGCUGUCCUCCCUGCUCAAUAUGUCACUCAGUUGCAACAAUCCUCUUAUGUGUCCAUUGCAAGCAAUGCAGGAUUAUCGGGAACCCCCAGUACACAGAGCCAGCCCAGAGUGCCACUCAAUGGAAUCAUUUCUUCAGAAUCGACUAGUCGUCCAAGAAAACCAUGUAACUGUACCAAGUCUUUGUGUUUGAAACUGUACUGUGACUGCUUUGCCAAUGGAGAGUUUUGCAACAACUGCAAUUGUACAAACUGCUACAACAACCUUGAGCAUGAGAAUGAAAGACAGAAAGCAAUCAAGGCUUGCCUGGAUAGGAACCCAGAAGCUUUUAAACCUAAAAUUGGAAAGGGCAAGGAAGGAGAAUCUGACAGGCGACACAGUAAAGGCUGCAACUGCAAGCGUUCAGGAUGUCUUAAAAACUAUUGUGAAUGCUAUGAGGCUAAAAUCAUGUGCUCCUCUAUAUGCAAGUGCAUAGGCUGUAAAAAUUUUGAAGAGAGCCCAGAACGCAAAACAUUAAUGCAUCUGGCAGAUGCAGCAGAAGUGAGAGUCCAGCAGCAAACUGCAGCCAAGACAAAGUUGUCUUCACAGAUAUCUGAUCUGCUCACAAGGCCUUCUCCUUCACUAAGCAGUGGAGGUGGAAAGCUCCCCUUCACAUUCAUCACAAAGGAAGUUGCUGAAGCCACUUGUGAAUGCCUCCUCGCCCAAGCCGAACAGGCAGAGAAACAAUCUAAAACCCCGGCCGCAACUGAAAGAAUGAUCCUAGAGGAGUUUGGACGCUGUCUAAUGCGAGUGAUUAAUUCUGCCGGCAAAGCAAAAAGUGACCCUUGCCCAAUGAGUUGCUAAGUGUAACUUUCAGCACGGAAAAACAGGAAAAAAAAUCAGAACUUCUUUUGGCUAUGCAGGUGGCAUGGGAUUUAAUGCAUAGACUUACUGCCAGAGAUGAAUUGAGGACUCCAGCCUUUACUCUGUCCAGAAGAUGUCACAGAAUUACUAAAUGGUGCUGGUUUUAAAGUGACUUUCUACAUUGUACAUAAGAUAGAAGAUGUAAUUUUAUGGAAAAUUACCUUUUAAAUUCAAUAGUUAACACACUCCCAAAUCCUGUACAUAUGACGAUACCUUAACGGUGAAUUUAUAUUUUGGGGUUUUGUGUUCACCUCCCGCUUUGCUUGUUGUGUAGUUGUAAUAUUUUAUUUAUUUCUCCCCAGUUUUUCGUUCUAGUCUGGCCAUUAUUAAUUUUGUGCAUUUGUCUAGUUAGGGAGACACAAAAUAUACCUUUGGAGGUUUUGUAUAAAGAAAAAAAAGGCAUUGUGCAUAACUUUGAUCUCCAGAUAAUUUAGUGAUGUAAAGAGGUGUGUUUUUUUUUUUUUUUUUUUUAAUUAUUUUUGUUUAUUUAAAUGGAAGAUUUUAAUACGGGCUAUUUUAAGUAGGAUACUAAACUCCUGAAACUUAUCAAAUAAGUUAAAAAAAUAAUCACAUGUAGAAUAUGUGAAAGGACAUAUAUUUUUAAAAUGUAGGCAAGUGCGAACAGGAACCCCUUUUUUUAACCAGAGGUCGCCGACUUCUCGGUUGGUCGUUUCACUGCCCUUGCAUGUCCGCUUCUUACUAGCAAUCUGUUUUGUAUUAUUGUUCCUGAUCAUAUUCCAAUCCGGGCUUAGCAAACUAAAAAUAUGUGAACUUGUUUUUGUUUUAGUGACUAUAUAAAUAUAAAAAAAUAUAUUUUUUUACAGAGGUUACUAAAAUUGCAAAUAACAUAGGAGGACAUAGAUAUUGCGAUGGUAUGUCUCAGACAGUUUUCUAAUAAUUAUUCUAUGGGAAUGGAUAUCUGAAAAUAAUAUUUCUGGGUCACUCAUACCGUGGUUUGCAUCUCAUUUCUUCAGUGAUCUGUUUUACUGUCCUUGUAAGCGAUUAGGUGGACAUAUAUGGUUAUCAUUUCAGCCUGAUAAAUUGGGGGGGGGAGGGGGGGUUAAACCAGUUCUAUAGGUUAAACCAGUGGCUCCCAAACUUUUUAGGUUCAAGGCGCCCUUAAUAUUUCAAUAUUUUUCCAAGGCGUCCCUAGUAAAAAAAAAAACAUUUAAAUAAAUGUCUAGGUUGUAUACAUGUACAGCGCUGCGGCAUUACACUGCUAGCGGGCCAGUGAGGGAGAUCCGGUCCUGCUGAGCCUGCAGGGGAGAGGGAGGCACAGAUCCCGGUGCUUUGAUUAUAGCACCGGGAAAAUAUCUUGCCGCGCCACAGGGCACCGCGACACAGUUUGGGAACCACUGGGUUAAACUAUACUUAGCCCAACGUGGGGAGGAUAAUGUUCUAAUCACAUUGUGUAAAUGAUCUUUUCUUGAAUAUUUUCCCACUUUUAAGUUUUUAUAAAACCCCUAUAGAGUGUGCUUAUCUUUUAUUCAUCUCUUAAUCAGGUUUUGUGUAUAUACAUAAUAAAUAUAGCCAACAUGGACUUCCUCUGGGUACUCGGCAAUGUCAGGGAGUUAGACAUUUGAUCUUCUCAACUUUUUGGCAUUUAAAACAUUGAGUUAAUCAAUUUGAUGAAAUUCCUGACUUUGGCUACUGGCAUGAUAUGUUUUGAGCAGCAACUUGUCCCCUUCUCAUCCUAGCCUGGCAUCCUCAUCCCUAAAAUAUGUUGAGAUACUAAAGUCAUAACUAAAGAUAACUUUACUGUGUCUUAUGCAUACAUUUAAUAUAAUUUUAAACUUAAUUAUAUAAAGAGAAUGGCAGGCAACAGUCACUUUAAAUGUAUAUUAAAACACAGUUGCUUAAAGAAAUGAUGCAGCUUUUCAUGCAAUGGAAAAUAUAUUGGUUUAUUUACUUCCCAUUUCGUCUAGUCCAUACUUGGACUUUCAUCUUCAAAAACCGCAAUACAGAUAAUACUUUGGCCUUUUCUUCCUGGUCCAUGCACCCAAAUCUGUUUUACUGGCACUGAUCUAUUGCAUCCUUAAUAUACAGAAUUAAUAGAACUUCACCGUAUAACAGCACAUUAGUGAUUUUAAAGUGUGGCAUAUUCUGGUUACAGAAUUGUAAAAAAUGGUUGAAAUUCACUAUAUGCUCAGAUAAAAAGUAAAUGGUUUCUUUACAGCUCCAGCAAGAUUUUAAAUGUAAAAACUGGGUGGAAAAUGAAUGUCCUUUUCAAAAAUAGAAACCUUUUAACAGUAGUUGGUCAGUUUUAGAUUUCACCAUUUAAAAAUGCUUUCUGACAAAUCUUGGGCAUGUGGAAGAAGCUUCUCUUAAUGAAGAUUCCCCAUCUUGAGCUGGGUUGGACUGUAAGCUAUUGUCAGGAAUGGGAGUUGAACUUCAUUCAGGAGGGGGUACAGUUUGACCUAUAAAGGUAUUUUGGAGUCCUGGUAUACAAUUUAACUUCUUUAAUAUACAUACUCUUGGAUUCUUCCAGAUGUUUGGCAAACACUCUUCUUGUUGACUAAUCUUUCCUUGCAGCAAGAAGGCUUACUGAGAAGGUGAUUUUCUGAGAUCAGAGAAUUUGACAUCCUAAGAUUUCCACAUUACUGCUUCCUCACGUUGUGUUCAAUGUUUGGUAUAGUGGGUUCUAGGAUAGAACUUUAUUUCCAGGAUUCCACUAGACCAGGCAUAGGCAACCUUCGGCACUCCAGAUGUUUUGGAAUACACCACCCACGAUGCUUAGCCAGCAUUAUGGUGUAUUUAGUCCACAACAUCUGGAGUGCCGAAGGUUGCUUGUCCCUGCACUAGACUGUGAUCAUGUACAUCACACCAAGCUGCAAUAUGGAGAUCUAAAUUCCCCACCACACUCCAUCAGAUCAGAGCCCCUAACCACAGCUGGGUCCCUGUUCUUAAAACCAGCACUUUAUGUAACCCAAUUCUUAAAGAAGCAUUUGUUUUGGGUUUUUUUGCAUGUACUUACUAAAGCAAAUAACAUGCCUAAUGUUAAAAUGUUAGGUGUCAAAAAUUGCCUUUGAGGCAAACUGGCCUUACUGCACUCUCUCGGCAAACAUCAAUCAGCCUGUUUAAAAGGGAAUUGGCGCAGUUAGAAUAAAAAACCUUUUUAAUAUGUUUUCAGUGCAGUAACUUGUAUAUAGUGUUCACUGUCCAGUAAUAAUGUAUAAAUGUAAAUUAGUCAAAGUAGACAAAAUCGAAUUACGUAAUUUCUGUAGUCCAAUUUCAAAGUUUGUGUACUCCCCCACCACCACCACCACUUUUACGUUUUGGUGAAUAGGAGCUGUCGAUGUUGUACAUAUUGCUUUGCUAUUCUUUUGCACCUUUUUGUGAUGUGUAUUUAUAUUUUUGUGCAGGAAAAUGUGAAUUUUUGUCUUCAAUUGUAGAUUAUGUACAAUGAAACUAAAACUCUGUUCUGGCUUGUAAAAACGAAAGAAAUUGGGGGGAAAAAAAGGUGCAAUGAAAUGGCUUUCCCAAGGUUUCAAGAUUGAAAAAAUAUAUAUUAAUAAUCUACAAUUCAUCAAGCUGUUGCUGCUGUGAUAUAGUCUGAAAAUUGCAUUUGGAGGGGCAGUGUUUACCAGGACAACAGAAUCUUUGCUCUAGGGGCAGUGCAGUUUGAUGAGUUACAUCUUUUAAAGUAUUAAGCUUGCUUUUUUUUUAUGUAAUGUAAGCAGUCUAUUUUGUAUGCAUUUGCAUCAAACCGCUGAAUGAGAAUUGUGGGUUUGUGGAUUUGAGUUUGUUCAACCUAAUUUUUUUUUUAUAUUUUUAUUUUUAUUAAAAUGCUUGGGUGACAGUGA